AUGUCAAACUUGUCGAGGGUGUUGGAGAGGCAACAAAAACAAAGGGAAGAAAUCUGGCGUAGACGUGCUCAAGAAGAUCGGGACGCCGAUGAAGAAGAAGGACAAAUGCUUGUAGCAGCGGUGUGUAUGAUGGAUCAAUCAAGGCAACACCGUCGUCAUCGUGCCCCGAAUGUGGACAGACGUAAGGAGUCUCGGAGUAAGAAUCUCAUAGAGGAUUAUUUUAUUCUAAAUUCGUUAUAUCAUGCUUCUAAGUUUCGAGAGAGAUAUAGAAUGCAGCAACAUUUGUUCCAAAAAAUCAUGCAUGAUAUUUGUAAUUACAACACAUACUUCAUUCAAAAGCAUGAUGUUGUUGGAGCUUUGGGUCUUAUCCCGGAGUAA